UGCAACGAGGAAGGGCAACGAGCGCGUGCAAGAAACCACCACGCGCCACAGAGGCAAGGGGAGCCCGGCGCCGCCUCCCGCCCGACGCCCUGCCCGCCUGCCGCUCACGGGCAACGAGACCACGCCCACCGCCCCUGCCCAAUUUAGCGGCGCGCGAAGCCCCGCCAGGCGACCCCCGGAAGGAAGGAAGGAAGUCCCUGCCCGCGGGCGGGCGGGCGGGCGGGGGGCGUUUCCUUUUCGGGAGGCACUUCGGCGGCUCUGACCCGAAAGGGUUAAGGGGCUUCAGCGCCUUGGCCGCCCUCUGACUCCUAGCCGGGCCCCUGCCUCUGUGACGUAUAAGCCAGGCGACGCAAGUAGUGGGCGGGGCCCAGCACAUUUCUCUGCGUCGUGUCGCCCUGGAGUGAGUUCGGGGUCGCCCUCCGAGAUGAAGAAGGCGGAGGCCGCGCCUGGCGGCGGCAACGGAAACCCCGACGCAACCGCGGUGCCGGGCUUCCUGGCCAAGCUGUGGGCGCUCGUGGAGGACCCGGGGACCGACGACGUGGUCUCCUGGAGCCGGAAUGGGCAGAAUUUUAGCAUUCUGGAUGAACAGAGGUUUGCAAAAGAGUUGCUUCCCAAGUACUUCAAACACAACAACUUGUCCAGCUUCAUCCGUCAGCUCAACAUCUAUGGCUUCAGGAAGGUGGUUGCCCUAGAAAACGGCAUGAUGACCUCUGCGAAGAACUCGGCCAUUGAGUUCCAGCACCCGUUUUUCAAGCGAGAGAAAUUCAACUUGCUGGCCAACAUCAAGCGCAAGGUGUCUGCCGUGAGAGCAGAGGAGCUCAACAACUGCCCAGAGGACUUGCAGAAAGUACUGUCUGAAGUCCAGGAGAUGAGAGAACAGCAGAGUAACAUGGACCUCAAGCUGGCCAACAUGAGAAGGGAGAACAAAGCCCUGUGGAAAGAGGUGGUCUCUCUGCGGCAGAAGCACAGCCAGCAACAGCAGCUCCUCUCCAAGAUCCUUGAGUUCAUACUCAAUUUGAUGAGGCAAAACUGCAUUGUGGGGCUCAAACGGAAACGAUCUCUGUCUGAUGGUUCAGGCACCCCACCUUCAAAAUACGGCCGUCAGUAUAUUCGCAUCCCUGUCGAAGAUCGUGAAACAGCCGGCUGCGAAGACGCGCUCAUAAUUCGUGAGAUCACCAAUGUCCAGGAGGAGGAGGGGGACCAUGGGGGUUGCCCGGAGGGGUCGCUUGCUCUGGCGCACACGAUCGACGGGAGCUGGGGUGGCCAGCUUCCCACAAGAGAAGGCAUCCCCCCUCCAUGUGAAGCACCACAGAACUUGGGGCUGGAACUACCAGAAGGUGGCUGUCCAGUUGAGCUUGGAGACAACCCUGUGGGGGUUAGUGUGGAAGAGAGCAAUGCUGUGGAGCUGCAUUCUGCACAGCCCGGUGCAACUGAAGACCCUGCUGCAGUGAUAGCGUCCAUCUUGGAUGAGAACCAGGCGGUGGUGCAGAGCGGUCCUGUGCUGGAGAGGGAGGAGAUUCAAGACUUCUUGAACUGUAUUGAUGCAAGCCUCGAGGAACUUCAGGCAAUGCUGUCUGGAAAGAAGAUGGGCUACAGCUCAGAAGCAGUUGCCGAUUCCUUCAGUCCUGAACUUCCUGUGUUGGAUGGCAACUUGAUAGAAGAUUCUCCCAGUUUGGACAACUUGGAUUAUUUGCCAGAAAAUAUAGAUGCUAUUGAGCCGAAUAAGCACCAAACAUCAGAGAAGAACGAUAUGCAGCUGAUCCAGUACAGAGGGAACCCCUUGCUUUCAUUACUGGAAGAUGCUCCUUCUAGAGAGGUUGCGUGCGAAGUGGAGAAUGCCAGUGACGUCCUACUGGCUUCACUGGAGGGCAGACCUGCCCCGCCUCUUUCUUCGGGGGGCGAGGCCACAGCUCAGCAGUUUCCAGAUCCAGCUGCUGAAGGCCCUGGCCAGGAGCCCCAAGACCCGCCCCUUCUCCCUGAGGACCUGAAUGGGGAAUAUAAGCUUUUCCCACUCCUGCUUCUCAGCCCAGUCGCAAACUUCAUAGACGAAGCAUCUGAAAUCAAACCGCUUGAACCAGACAAAGAUCUUCCGGAAUCUGCUUCCCUGCUGUAGAAUGUACAGAAUAUAUUGUGAGAGGGACCAGAUUCUCUCUCUGCAGCUGUUGUUUUACCAAAAGAGUUUCACACUAUUGUUGCAGUGCAUUUUUUAGAGAAGAGCAAAUAGUAAGCGACUUCCAGCUCAUUUUUAUACUUGUAUAUAUGUAUCUUGUUUUGGCAGGGCAACCAGUUUGUGUUCGUGCAGCUUUGUUAGGUUAGGGGUUUUUAUUAUUAUUAUUAUUACUGCAAAACUUUCUUUUCUUGCUAUUAGCAACAAUUUCGUAUUGGACUAUAUCGUAUAUUAUGCACUCCUAGAUAUGACUCUCAGUAUUGCGUAAGGAGGUUCUGUUUCCUAUGGAAAACAAUGUAUUUUUAAAUUCUGAUCCAUAAAGUUAUGCAGACAGUG